AUGUUAACAUUAUUUGCCUCUGUUCUCCUCAUAAAAGGUGUCUUCUCAUUGAUUGUCUUCAUGCCAACAGAAAUAAAUGUCACUCUAAAAUCCAACUCGUCUAUUGUACUGAAUUGUACAUAUACACUUGGUGUAAAUGAAACCGUUAAUGCUUUAACCAUCAAAAAGAAAACAUCCAGUGGAAGUUACAUUGAACUAGCAAAAUUUACUGAUCGAAACACUGUAUAUGCCCUUGGUGGAGAGUACCUGAAAGGCAGAUCCAAUAUAUAUGGUUUUGAUACUGGCUCAUCCAGCGCCGUUCUGGUCAUCAACGACGUCAGAUGUGAAGAUGAUGGACAAUAUCAGUGUUUCGUCGAUUACAUCAGCAAAGAUACGGCAUUAAUGAAUUUGCAAAACACGACUGUAUAUAUAAAUGCUAUCGCUGAAGUACCUACAUUUUUAUUCGCCUCGAACAAUAUUACAGUGGAACACGAUGUGGUAAAUCUGACAUGUUCAGCUAAUGUUGGAAAUCCCCAAGGUUUGCUUGAAAUUUGGAGACAAAAUAAAACAUCAGAAAUCUAUGAACUAUUGGGACAUACAUCAGUUGUUUAUAGAGAUAUUGAGAAUUGUACAUCCAUCGCAAACCUUACAGUGACAUACAAUUUCACCCAACAAGACAAUGGAGCCAUGUUCAGGUGCUCAUCACGGAAUAAAUACACUAACAGUCAAAUCCCAGCCGUUCACAUUGGUCCUGUGAAUGUUUUAUAUGCUCCUUUUAAUACAAGAAUUGAGCCAUCACGUACAAACUAUUAUGUUGGAGAAAAUGCAGAUCUGAAAUGCAAUUCUGAUGGGAAUCCGUCACCAAAAUAUACAUGGAUGUUCAAUUUCACAGAAAUUGAAAACAGUUCGAAGUACAGCAUAUCUGGCGAUACAUCCAAGUUAUAUUUUACACUUCACAUCACCGACAACGGUAACUACCAGUGUGUCUCAUCAAAUGAAAUCGGAGGACAUGUGUUCAACAGCUCUUCUAAUGUCACGUUGGAAGUUAAAGAAAAAAAUGUAGAUCCGUCUUCGUCAGACAUAAAAUCAACCUGUUCAAGAACUUCAUGUUUAUUUAUUCAGAGUUGUACAUUAAGAAAUGGUAGUUCGAUUUGUUCACUGAAUAUUUGGAGCGUAAUUGCAUUCGUAUUCAUUGCCCUAACCAUUAUUUCGGGCGCGGCAUGUGUGAGUUUGAUUUUGUCGAGAAAACCACGAACUAAAAAUAACCAAACAAAUGGAAUUGGCGAUGUACACAUAUCGUAUACCAGAGAAAAGUUUGAAGAUUUUGGAGGAUAUGCUGAUCCAAAGGAUGUCAAAAGGCCAGAAAACGGGCCAAUCAAAUUGGACAAUCCCUAUGCAGACCCGGUAGAUUUCCAAACACAAUAUGCCGUUGUUCAGAAAAAUUGGGAGACUCCUGUAAAGUCGUCAAAAGACGCAAACUCGUCAGAUACCUCUAACCUUCUGAACAAUACGGAUUCGCCAAAUACUGGAAAUCCCUCAAGUUCAGAAACAGCAAACACCAAAAACUCAACAAAUGAUGAAAAAACACCAGGUUCAACAGAAACUUCUGAAACUAUUCCCAAACCUCCAAAUGUGGACCAAACGUCAACAAGUUACAUAAAUUUACUCCUGGAAUAAACCUGUAUGCAUACUGAAGUAUUGGAAUGCAAACUUAAUAUAACGUUCAGUUGUAAAGUUUUGUUAGUCAAUAUCGAAUUUUGUCCAAACUAGCAAACUACGGAUUAGUUAUUUUGUUUUCUCCUUUUUUUACCUGAUAAUCUAUACACUAAUUUUUUUUCAUAAUCGUUGACGUUUAGACUGCGUGCAAUCUGUACGCUUUAUAUUUAUUACAAGGAAACUGACUUGGAAACUAUUUCCUUGGCUUAUAUCGCCAUCUGGCUGAAAACACUCAUACAUGUUUAAAAUGUUUGAAUCAUAAGUUUUCCAUUUUACAUC